UUAAUGCUUAAUCAAUGAUGAACUCAAUACUUAUAAAAUGUAUUAUAUUACUGUCUGCAUCAAUCGAGAUGAUUUUAGCACAGGAAGCGUUAGUAAAUUUUUCCAAUACAGAAAAUUUAGUUACUCUUUAUCAAUCCCAAAAACUUUUGCUAACUAAAAUGUCUUUAGAUCAAUCAAUUUAUCUGGAAAAAGCUUUUAUGACUACAAUGAAAGACAUUCAUAAAAUUUCUGUUGAUCAAAAAUUUGGAAAAAUUAAUGAUAGUGAAUGCUUUGAAAAUCAAAAAAACGAGUUGCUCAGUUCAGUUCUGAUUGCGAUAGAAAAAAAUAACCAAUGUUGGAUUAAUCAGACAUCAGUUUUUGAAAAGACAGUCAACCUAAUAUUUAAGUCAAUUGAUGUGACAAUGACUUUUUCAUCAUGCUUCGGAUCAGAAAAUUUGCCAAUUGAAUCCUUUCAAUGUAUUGAUGAACAAAUGAACAAUCUUCAUGAUGAAAAUUCGAAAGUGGCUUAUCAAAAAAUUCUCAAUCAUUUAAAAAAUACUGAGGAUACAUUAGAAACAUCAAAGAUUAAAUGUAUGCAAAUUUUUUCGCAAAUUGUGAAUCCAAUUUUACCUUAUGUAAAAAAAAGUUUUACAAACUGUGUACAAAAAGAAAUAUUAAAUCAAAUUAUAGCUUGCACUGAUGGGAACCAGAAUUGCGAUCCAUCUCUAGCAAAUGUUGAUUUAACAUCACAAUUAAAGAAUUUAAAUUUAACUACUUUGCACCGAGUGUCAUUUACAAUAUUAAAAAUAAUGAGAGAAAAAUAUGAAAGUAUGAUACAAACUCAUGUAGAAAUGAAUACUCGUCUUCAAAAUGAUAUCGAUUCUUCUGAUGUUCAAGUAAAAAAUAUCACCUGUUGUUUGUUAUUUCAUAAAGUUCUUCUUAAUGCAGCAGAAAAAUUUACUUUAGAUGAAAGUAAUAAUUGUUUUAACACUGAAUUAUCUUCCUUCAAAAGUUAUGUUACUUCUAUUGUCCAGAAAGAGGCAUUAAAAUUGAAUUUUGACUAUUGUUAUCAAAAUAGUUUAUCAGAGUCUGAAAUUUUGAAUUGCCUUGAUCAAACGAGUUUGAGAAAAGCUGCAAGCAUGAAAAAAAUUUAUCAAACAGCUAUUGAUAAUGUGGAAAGUCAAGCUGAUUUGUUUUCACUAAAUAUAUAUUCAUGUUUGAAAACGUCAUCGGAUAUUUUCAGUCAAUCUUUGAUCUAUGCAAAUUCUCGUUUCGAUAAAUGUAAAAAAGACCAAACAUUAAUAUGUCAUGAUCCAUAUAUUUCAAAUGAUGAUUAUAAAAUAUUAUCGUAUGUGAGGAUUUCAACAAACGAGCAAUUGAAGGAGUUGUUGCCAGGAAUGAAACGAACUAUAUCAAUUCCCAGACUAGGUUAGA